GGCGUCGUUUUGUUGGGAACGCAUAUAAUUUCCGGCGAACUUCUCAAAGCCGCUAACUCAGCCAGAGGCUUUAAACGCAUUGACUCCAAUUCACCGCCGUUGUCUUCUCUCUCACCAACUUCACCGGCGGCUUAGGGUUUCGAUGCGUAACGGGAAGAAGAGAGGUCGCUCAGAACCUGGAUCCACAAAGAAACCCCGAAACAAAUACUCCGAUAACCCACCCGAUUUUGCCUCGUUAGCGUCUCUUUACCCUUCUUUCAAGCCCUUUGUUUUCUUCUCCGGUGGCCGAGCUCGCAUCGACUGGACCGAUUACAACGCAACCCGAGAGCUCACUCGUAUCCUCCUUCUACACGACCACGGCGUCAACUGGUGGAUUCCUGAUGGACAGCUUUGCCCAACUGUUCCUAAUAGAUCGAAUUACAUUCAUUGGAUUAAUGAUCUUUUGUCCUCUGAGGUCAUUCAAAGUUUGGGUGGUGAAGUAAAGGGCUUUGACAUUGGUACUGGGGCCAAUUGCAUUUAUCCUCUCCUUGGUGCAUCUCUUUUUGGUUGGAGUUUUGUUGGCUCAGAUUUUACUGCUGUUGCUCUAGAAUGGGCAGAGAAGAAUGUCAAAAGUAAUCCCCAUAUUUCAGACCUUAUCGAGAUCAGAGACUCUAAAGUUCUUCCACAGAGUUCCUCUGUUCCCGAGAGUGAGUUAACCAUACACGAGGAAGCCGAAAUUUCCGCCACGGUUCAGUCUAUUAAUCUUGUAGAUGACAACCAGACCUAUACUGAACCAGCUGUAUUACUCGGUGUUGUCAAGGAAAAUGAAACGUUCGACUUCUGUAUGUCCAAUCCUCCAUUUUUUGAGACCUUCGAAGAAUCAGGACUUAAUCCUAAAACUUCAUGUGGUGGAACUCCUGAGGAGAUGGUUUGCAAUGGUGGGGAGCAAGCUUUCGUGUCUUGUAUUAUCGAAGAUAGCACUGUACUGAGGCAAAGAUUCAGGUGGUACACUUCAAUGCUUGGGAAGAAGGCUAACCUCAAACUCUUGAUAUCUAAGCUUUGGCAAGUGGGUGUAACCAUUGUGAAGACCACUGAAUUUGUCCAAGGUCAAACAUCCCGGUGGGGCCUCGCCUGGUCCUUCAUGCCCACAGCUAGGAAGAUUAUAGCACCUCCUGUAGUCAAAAAGAGUGUUCUUUCUUUUAUGCUUGAGGGCAUUAAACGGCAGUACAGUGCCGUAGAUGUGCUUCAAUCAGUUGAAGAAUUCUUCAAGAGCUGUGGCGCCUCGUGCAAAUUAAACUCUUCUACAUUUUCUGUUGACAUUGUUGCAUCUGAUGACCAGUGCAACUCAAUCUCAAAGAAUGGGAUUACAGAUGUAGAUAGUGUAAGAAGCUACGGAUAUGACAAACAGUCACUGGAUGGAUCCAGUUUGCAAGUCCCUGAAGAUAACCUAUCUUUCCGCAUCUUGGUGUUCCAACAGAUGCCAGGAACGUUGCUUAUAAAAGGAUCAUUGCAGCAGAAAGAUAGUCCCCUCUCAGGGUUGUUCUCAGUGGUCUUCGGUUGUUUGGAAGAAAGUUUGAAGUCUAAAUUUUGCCGGUAACCAGUCCCAGGGUACUGUUCUGACUUCUAGAAUGACAUCUGCCAAAAACUAAAUGAAAAUGAAUAUGAAUCUUCAAAUUUCAGACACAUAACAUGUUCUUACACAUAAAACACAAGCCGUGUUUUGAUUCCUAAAUAAACUGAGACAAUUCCUCCCAACAGAGGCAAACAAAAUUUUAUCAGCUAAUUUUGUUGUGGAUGAAAAGUGUUGCAUAGCAGACCACUCGUGUUUCUCAACUGCAAAUAUUAACUAGAAUCAAGACUUUGAAAAGACUUACCUUGCGGGUAAAGAUA